AUGCCAGGUGUUCAACACUACUGCCACGAACCCAAAAAUGGUGUUCUAGGGGGUCUGCCCGGACCCGAAACGGUUCCGAGUACCGGCUAUUGGCGAGUUCGGAUGCGAACAGUGAGGCCCCAUCUGACGGAGCCCGUGAGGAUCCCUGUUGAAGUAUAUCUCGACAACGAUUGGGAUGCGGUCGAGAGUGCUGAUUUUUGCGAGAGAAGCCGAUACCGUAAAACGUCCAGAUUCGUGGAGUUGCCAGCCAACGGUGAAUGGAGCGGCUGGGUCUCUGGAGAGCUCUCGCAAACAGUGCGGCCACACGUGUGGUACUUCGCAGUGUUGGACUGUGGGGAGCAACUCAAGUCCACUACUAGGAUCAAGUUUGAGUUCAUAGCCCAUCAAGAGAAUGGGUCGGAGUUCUCUGCUGAGUUGAGGGGCACUCGUGGCAUCGUGUGGGUCCAGCUCAUUAUAUCUGUCCUAUUUACGUGGUUCUUUGCGAAGGAGUGCCGAAAGUUCGUCAGGUCGGCGGACUCGUUGCAUCCCGUUGUUAUCACUCUGGCUUGUGCGAUAGCUCUGCAGGUUGUUCAUGUUCUUCUUGUUGGCUUCGGCAAAAUCAAGGAUGAUGCUUCUUAUAAGUUCUAUGAAAAUGAAGUCAUCCGCCUAUUACUUGCGGUGUGGUUCCUAUGGGCUGUUAACGAAACUAGGAAGGAAGCAGGUAUGAAACUUCGAUACUUCCUGGCAAAAUUUGCCGGCCUCGGGAUGGUCUACUUCUUCUCCUACCCAGUGCUGUUCGUCAUCACCGGGUUUUUCGCGCCUUAUUAUCGACAAAAGGUGAUGCUGCUUGGUUGGUUUGCCAUCAAGUACGGGGUCUUUGCGUGGAUGACGAGUAUGUUCCUCACCCGAGGUGAUUACUUCCAAGUCUCUACACUCAACUCAAGCUUCCUUCCCGGUGGAGUCAGGCCUGGACUUGACAAGGAAGAGUAA